GCGGUCGUAUAAAAUGCUGCUUAAGAGCAGGGCACAGGGGGGUGGGGGUAGAAGAGGGGGCAAGAAGGAUGGGACGUCCAUUUGUGGAAUAUACAUCUCUGAAGCAUAUAUCGGUAGUAGGAAUAACAAGACUAGCCAAGACAGGUGUAUUGCUUCUGAAGACUAUCAUCGUCCUAGACCACAGUGGAGAGACAUAAACUCACGACCCCUCAUAAUAGAUUCUUUAUUUCGUCGGCAAAUUAAAAAGAAUCGAAGCGCGAGUAUUCGAAACUGGUCCGUCGAAAUAUAAGAGGUGCUCUGAAAGUGCGACGCUCUCAGCCCAUCGAAGGGUAGUUUGGGGGGAUAUUGAGACGCGAGACCAACUGGGCGCAGUGGCUGCAGACAACGAGGCAUGCUCCUACUGCGUACUUUGCUGGUAGCCUGUCUCCUACUAAAGGGGCUGGCGUUGGCUGAGGAAGUGGAAGUGGUUGAAGCCGUGCCAGGGACGGUGCAGGGUGUGGGUCCCUCCCAGGAGGCGGCUGAGACAGGGGAUUCCCAGUUAGCCCAGGACAGGGGUGACGAAUCUGACAUCUCAGGCUCGGACCAAAUAGCUCUCGAGUCCGGCGACCAAGAACUUGGGGGGACGCAACCCAACCACGGGUAUGCUCCUCCACAGAGGGGACAUCCAUUGUCUCAUCCAGUGAGAGGCACAUCUGGCCUCAGUCUUCCACCCCCUCACUCCAUUGGGAAUUCAUUUGGAGGACCUCACCAUGGAAAGCAACCAGUAUUCGAACAGAAUCUAGCCUAUCAUGGUCCUCCACCGCCUCCACCCCAGAAGAAACCCCAGCCAGAAGCCAUGGAUAAAAUUUAUGGAGAUGGCGGGGGCGGUGGAGGCGAUGCGUGGCCAGUCCCUAUGCCCGAUAUGCCAAAGAUCGUAUCUCUGGAUGUCAAAUGCGAGAAAAAUUUGAUGAAAGUGUACAUAGGAUUUGACAAACCCUUCUACGGAAUAGUGUUCAGUAAGGGGCAUUAUAGCAAUGUAAACUGCGUUCAUCUUCCUGCGGGACUUGGACGCACUUCAGCGAAUUUCGAUAUCAGUAUACACGCGUGCGGAACAGCUGGGAACACAGAGAACGGUCUGUAUGGAUACGGAGCAGAUUCGGGCUCAGGGACUUACUUCGAGAACAUCAUCGUGGUGCAGUAUGACCCUCAGGUGCAGGAGGUAUGGGAUCAGGCGCGCAAAUUGCGUUGCACUUGGCACGACCAGUACGAGAAGUCGGUGACCUUUCGACCUUUCCCUGUCGAUAUGUUGGACGUCGUGAGGGCCGAUUUCGCAGGGGAUAACGUGGGCUGUUGGAUGCAGAUCCAGGUCGGGAAAGGUCCUUGGGCCUCAGAGGUGUCUGGACUUGUCAAAAUCGGUCAGACUAUGACAAUGGUCCUUGCUAUUAAAGACGACGACUCUAAGUUCGAUAUGCUUGUUCGUAACUGCAUGGCGCAUGACGGCAAACGCGCCCCCAUCCAGCUGGUGGAUCAGAAGGGCUGCGUCACGAGACCAAAACUUAUGUCGCGGUUCACGAAGAUCAAAAAUUUUGGUGCCAGUGCCUCCGUGUUAUCCUAUGCACAUUUCCAGGCUUUCAAGUUCCCUGAUUCUAUGGAAGUCCACUUUCAGUGCACGAUUCAGAUUUGCCGGUACCAAUGCCCUGAUCAGUGUUCUGACCCGGCGUCUCUCCUGCAUGGUGGCCCAAUUUCCGACACCGGUUAUGGACCGCCUCCUCCACCACCACUGCCUUUGGAGGCAUAUCUUCAGGCGGCUGCCGGCAGACCCAGGGACGAGCGCAGGGUCAGGAGGCAGCGCCGUGAAACAUCUUCCGACCCCGAGAAAGAGGUCGGCGUGAACAGGGUCAUUCGAGUCGUGUCCACCGGUGACCUCACCUUCUCUCUAGAUGACAAUGCCAAUAGCAGCGCUCCUACUAUGGUAUUCCCAGGAAGAAGUGAAGAUCCCGCAGUGACGGGGCUGAUAUGCAUGACCACUCCGGGAUUUGCGGCCACACUGGUAGUCCUUCUUGCUAUCCUCAUUAUAUCCUGCCUGAUGUCGGCCUUCCUGUGCGUCCGACUGCGUCCGUUCACUGCUUCCGGUAAAAACCUAGCUGUCUCUUUCACUAAUCCUUCCCUCAACAAGAAUAAAACUUCUAAGAGUUGCUUCUAUUCGUAAUACGAGGUGUUCUGGUCUAAUGGUUUACUUGUUGCAGAGUAUUCGAAGAACGAAGAAGAAUCUCUUCAUUCGAGUUCGUAAAGCCAUCAAUGCCCGAACACAAAUUUAAUGAAGACUGCAGUCUUGUACAAAGUUGGGCGGUACUCGGGUUGUUUUGCCUGAGAUCUGAACGUUGGAUAUAACAUACAAACAGACAUGUAUAUUUAAAUAGUAUCAAAAUAUGAUUGCAAGAAUAUCGCCAUGCUGUUAUAUAAUGUUUAAUUCUUAUCGUCGAAAUUUUCUCUGUUACCAAACGGUAUAUUUUUCUUGAAAGAGAAACGUAAUUAUAUUAAAGGAAAUUCAUACAUAAGUAAAGCUGAUUAAUUUACUUUGUUGUACGGUCAACAAAUAUGUAUGAGAACAUUGAAUAAGAUCAUGGCCAAACACAAUCAGAAACAGGCUAGGAAGUUCCUGUAAAUCUUACGGGUGUGCACAAAGGAACUCGACGUUUUGAAAUAUUCUGUACGGUUAAAGACCUGAGACUUCAAUUUCGGAAGUAGGCUCUGUAGAUAGGUUCUACUUGCAUAUUGCAAUAGGCGGCAACUUUCAUGCUGGCGUUUCAACCAGUCGUUACCGAAACGGGCCAAUCAGCUCCUCAGAGUCUUCUUACUAGAAUAUUCUCUGAGUAUGAUUCACUUGCAAUCCUUGCAUCUGUCGGUGUUUCUUUUCAAUUGCUCAAUAAUCUUAUCUGAUUAGUAUGUUUACUCAUCAUAUGUUCGUUUUUCUAACCGUGUUUCUAAGACUCAUUUCAUCCACAGUAGGCGUAGCAACUGGAGAAGGGUUAAUUCGGGAUACUGUGGCGCCAAUGGUCUUAUCUUUAUGGUAUUUGCGUUUGUCAUCAUCCCUAUCAGCUUUUUGGUCAUCGUUUUCUUUGCCACUAGCAUUGUCAUCACUAUCUUCAUUAUCAUCGCCUAUAUCACGACCUCAUCAUUAUAUUUAUUUAUUUAUUUAUUAUUCGAUUCAAGUCGAUAAGUCAAUUUAAUCACAAUUUUGUACUUUGAAAACCCGCUCAACAACUCUCUUCAGGGAUAGUUCACCUUGGUGUAUUGGUUAAAAUAAUCGAUCUAUUUCGAAGAUCGGUUCAGUAUGUGGGUUCGAUAAAAUUACAUUCAUGUAUGUCAUGUUAUUUUUCAAUUAAUAUGUACACAUUAGUUUAGUGGUUCCGUAAAUAUCUAUGCGGGAACGAAAAGUUUGUAAAUAGAUUUAUCGGUGGGUUGCUCCCUUCGCAGCCCCGAUCAGAUGAUAGUUGAGCCCAAUAUAUGUGAAACAGCUGCUGCUGACUAUGGAUUGUUAACUAAACUGGAAAAUAAUAGUAAAAGUCAAAUAAAUUUCUAGAAGAAACGUCCCAAAAGUAUGAACCUUUGGCUGCUGAUUUUGUUAAGGAAAAACACCGACUUAUAAGUAUUUAAUGUGAUUAAAAACAUGUACAUUUUUUAUGUCCAGCAUUUGCAAGAUAUCUAGCAACAAGGUCGUUAAUUUUGGGGCGAAAUUCUUGUAUUCUUUGUGUUGUCAUUUGAAAGAAUAUGUAAGAGUCUACAUUAGCCUGAGAAGUAAAGAGGAAGUUUGUAGGAAAGCUCUCCACUUCAUGUACCUCUUGGUAUUUUAAUUCAUAAGAGAAUGUUCAGUACAUAUAUUAUCCUCAUUUAGAAUAUCGGUAGACAAUCAGAUGAAACCUGUCAUAUUUUCUUUUACAAUUUGUACAGACUUCGAUGUAACAUCGGAUUCUUAGUUGUUUUUACAAUCUUACAUAGACUCUCUUGACAACCAGUAGACAUAACUUCAACAAAUCGUACACAUAACGACUUAUUUUAAUUUAUAUUUCAGUUUGUGAAAUGGCUCAUUUUGCGAGAAAAAGGUGUGAGAGGUGUUCACUCAAGAAUAAAGAGUUUUCGCGGAAUAACUCUGAGCGUGUGACCACACCACAGCAGUUACUGAAUAUCACAUAGCACUGAUCUUCCUCUAACCUCUCUGUAUCUAGAGUUAUUCUCGGUAUGAAGUUGGUCAUGGUGGGCGGAAAACUUCAUUCACGUCUUUGGGAAAAUGAAGCCAGAUUUUUACACAGUCAUUGCAGUGGCAGGUCAUUCUGCUUGCUUACGUGUUCUGUAAAGGAAAUUGUGUUCUAGAGAAAUCGUAUUUUACUGUAAAAAUAAUUAUGAAUGAACCUUGUCCGAAUAUUUUUUUUUGUUCUCUAUAUUGGAUGUAGGGCCAUAGGGUUAGAUCUAAUUUGAAUUAUAAAAUUUGAUUCCUUAAUCUCAUCUUUAAUAUCAAUAUAAUUAGUGCAAACUAAUCAACGUGUUUAACAUGAAACGUGGCGCUGGAAUAGAAAGACAGAAAUAUCGAAAUUUUAAGCUGUGCAACAAGAAGUUUUCUUCAAAAUUUAAAGAAAUAAAAAUGAGAAAACAAGAAUAUCAUAUAAAAAUUAUAACAACAGUAAAAUCAAUAUGACAUCUAUAGUAUAUAUAUUUUCACUGCAAAAACCGACUUUUAUGGCGGGAGGUAUAUUU